AUGUCCCACAAGCCAAAGUCACAGUCUUAUAAGAAUCACAGCAGGUCUGAUGUAUUGGCAGGUGGCCUUAGCGGUCAGGAGAUGACACUGGCGGUGCUGCUGGAACAGGCUUUCAGGAUCAAAGAAGAGGUGGCAGCAGGGCUGCAGUCCGCCAGAGGCUCCCUGCAGAUGGAGGCAAUGUCCUGCAGACUCCUGGAGAAUCACAUACUGACUGUGACUCGCAUUGUGAAGCAUCUUAGCAAAGACAUACAGGCCCUGGAGGGACGGAUCACAGAGUGGGACUUGAUCACCUCUGGAACAACAAAGGCUAUUCAAGAACUGGAUCAGAAGAACACAGCAGGCAUUGGGGACCUGAGAGGAAGAGUAGCCAGGUGUGAUGCCAGCAUCGCCAAGCUGAGCGCUGACGGGAACUCCGGGGAGUGGCAGCUGAAUAGACUACAGCAUGAGGUGGCAGGGGUCAAGUCAGCUGUGGACGGACGACUCAAAGAGCUGAAGGCCAAGUUCUAUCAUGACCUGGGGAGACUGGAGGCCUCAGUGUCAGAGCAUUAUCAUGGUCAAAAGAGCGACAUGUCUGAUCUGCAGGCAAAACUCAAACAACUAGAAGACAGGAUCUCCAACGGCUUAAAGGAGGCAAAGGAGCAAACAGAUUCACUAAGGAAGUGGACAGAACGGCAGCUCGACACAUCUGCCCAGCACUGCACUCAACAGCAGGACAAAAUGAGAGAAUCAGCAUCUAGAUUCUGUGACCGGCUGCGUGCUCUUGAGGCCCGUGUAGAUCUGUGUGAGACCCAGAAGGACCAGAUCCACCAAAGCCAGGCAGAGCAGAUGAAACGCUGUGAAACCGUCCUCAGUAAAAGAAUGACCUCAGUGGAGAGCGGCCUUCAUCAGGAGCUGCAGCUGCUCAAACAGGAAUAUCACAAAGGCUUCCUGUCCAUGCAUGAUGCCAUCGAGUCCCUGAUGCAGAUAGGUGACAUCAAGUCCCGCCUUAACGAGGAGAAGCUUCAGAAGGCUUUAAGGCACAAGCACAGCAAAGUGCAGGCAGAGCUUGACGACCUUUGACAGUCAACUAAUGAGGAGCGACUGACGAGGAGCACCUUGUUAUCAUCAAACCUGUCCUACACAAAUGGAUUCAACUAUUUGUUAACACAAGGCUCGACUUUCAGAAGAGCACUACAUGUUUUAUUCUAGGAGUUGCAGAUACGGUUAAAUUAGAUCAUACAGAAAUCAGAUAGAUGAUCAAGCAAAUUUGAAUGACAUUUUGUGAAGUGAGAGGGAAAUUGAUGACUGAAGUCUGAUUUCGUUUAAAUAGUUUUUGUUUGACACAGUCAAUAAAAAUUUUAGUUCAUCUUUAGAGAUCUAUAAAGGUAAGAUGAGUUGCCUACAGUUUUGCUCUCUCUUUUUUACUUACUAAGAUAUAAACAAUUUGUCAUGAAUUGAAAUUUGAUGAGAGAACACUAAUUAGUUUACACAACAAUAAUGCUAAUGUUUUAGAUACAUAAAAAUGUUAUAAACGGGACAGUUCUGUAACGUGAUUGAAAUGCAGCAUUAUGUGAAAAUGUUACAAAUUCUUCUCUACAACGUAACAGCUGAUCACCUGGAAUUGCAUGUUUCACUAAACCAGUUUCAUGGA